AUGGAGGAGUUUCAGAGAUCAAGGUCUUACGCAAAUGGGCAAAUGAUGCAGAUUGAGAGCUACUAUGGAGCCCCUAGCAGGCCUUAUGAUCUCAGAUGUUACAGUGCUUCCUAUGCUCAAACUCAAAUGGGUCCUAGGGACUUGAAGUUGAAGAAAGGGAAAAGCAUUUCUGCAGCAUCUUCUUUCUCCAGGUCUUGGACCUUGGCUGAUCCUGAGCUUCAGAGGAAGAAGAGGGUUGCCAGCUACAAAAUGUAUUCUGUCGAAGGCAAGAUCAAAGGCUCCUUCAGAAAAAGCUUCAGGUGGCUCAAGAACAAGUACUCUCAAGUCGUUUAUGGCUGGUAG